AGGAUGGAGAGACUAGUGAACAUUUGUCUUCUGCUCGCUUUGAUUUCUGUGCAGUUUGUUUUUUCUGAAUCUACAUUAAAAGUAUAUGUGACGCCAGAAAAGACAACAUUUUACUCGGAGUUCGGAGAAAAUCCCACAGAAAACAUAAUAUGUAAAUCUAACUGCUCUGGAAGUAACUGCAUAUAUCAAUGGUAUAUUUAUAAUGCCAGCAGAAAUCGGGAAAAAUUCACGGAUGGAAAUAUUUUAUUCUUAAAAAGAGUUACUAAGAGAAACUCUACUUUUAAGUGCUACGUCUACGUAAAAGGUAAUCAAACAAGGUUCUAUGGAUACAGCAAGGAAAUUGAAGUCAUUGUGAAAAGAAACAGGUCAUCCGCUUCACCUACAUACAGUGUCUCGAAGAUUCAGUCGACCACCAACAUGGUGUACUCUCAUUCUACUACUGCAGGCAAAUAUGACGAGAGUUUUUUAUUUAUUGUUAUUGGUAUUAGUGGAGGAACAGCAUUUCUAAUCACCACCAUAAUCCUAGUUGGAAUUCUUUGUAUGCGAGGAAACAAAAGACGUAAAAAUUCUAUAAGAAACGAUACUACUCCCGAGAAAGACCAUGGGUUAGAAUUGACUGAGAAUACUCUCUAUAUCACUGCCGACAACGUAAUUGAGAUGCCACCUUCAGUCCCUGCACAUAAUGAUACGCCCACUUCAGAAAAUGACGUUUACGCUGUCGUUAACAAGGAAAAGAUAACAGAGAAUCACAUUCCUGUGUACGCUGAAGUCUGUACUUCGCAAGAAGGAAAGGACAAACAAGCAACGGAAAAGAAACCAUCAGAGAAGGAAACAAAUAAGCUUGGACAAGCCACAAACAAAGAAGGAAUGGUUUACGUCGAAAUUGAUUUUAAGGACAUGCCCUCAAACGGAAAAUCCGCCUUGCAUGGAGCCGAAAACAAAACAUUGUACGUCGACAUAAACUCUGUCAAACAUGCCGACUCAUUUCAAAAGAGUGGCCAGGAAGACAGUCAUGACUUCCACCAAAAUGGGGAAGAAUAACAUGCGGAAUAAGAUUGCGCUGGACUUAUGAAACCAUUUGGAAGUUAAAGUUUUCAUAAUAUUUGCAAUUUAUUGCCUUUAAUUAAUAUAAUUCAUUUCUGUAGAAAAUUUUGAUUGAACGAUGUUUCUAUAGCUAUGUAUUAAGGAGCCUGGGGGGUCAACAAAUUAACCAUCAGAUAUAACUUAAUUUUUUAGAUAUGAUAUUUUAAGCUGUCAACUGUCAUUUGUCAAACAAAAAUGUCAUACAUUUUAGUUUUAAAAUCUGUUCAUUUUUGUUUAUCUUUAUAUGGAGCUCUUCUUCUAAAGGAGAUCAAUAUAGUCUGAAAAUGGCCACAACCACCCAGCCCUCUUCAAUAAAAACGUUUCAUAUUUAUAUUAGAUACAUAGAUUUCUUAAUGUAUGUAUAAACAACUUGUUAAAAUUGAUGAGAAAGUUUAAGUUGAAUAUAAUAUUUUUCUGCAUUAAGAAGCAAACUUAUAAAUUUUAGAACUAACAAGAACAAAGUUUGAUCAAUUAACAAUAUUAAUUUUUUAUUCAUACGUUGAUUUGAUAUACACAUUGAACUCGAGAUAAAAGUCACAGUGGAGUCUGACAUAGAUGUUUUAUAGUUGGAUGUAUUACAAGAGAAAGAUAUUGAUGGUAAACCAAAUAAAAUUCAUAAUAAGUG